UCCGCCCGUGGGAAAGUGGCCUUUGUUUUUCCCACGCGUGCAGCAGCCUCGGCUCCUCCUUCCGGGGACUUAGGAGCUGCACCUAUUUUUUCCGUUGUGGCCCUCAGAAAGGACUUGACAGCCGAGUGAGGAGAUCUUUGGUAUUCUUGGAUUUGGGCUAAGAUGGGAAAGCAGAACUCAGCUGGGCUUGAAGAAGAAAGAGGCCCUAAGGCCACCCAGGCGAGGAGCAGAAGGAAAUUAUGGAAAAGAACAGUGCUGAAGAUCCUGGAUGGAGACACUACCAGGUGGGAUGUCCAGUGCCAGCGCUUCAGGCAAUUCUGCUACCAGGAGGCUGAGGGGCCCCGAGAGGUUUGCAGGCAACUGCAUGCUCUUUGCUGCCAGUGGCUGAAGCCGGAAAGGCACAGCAAGAAGGAGAUCCUGGACCUGGUGCUCCUGGAGCAGCUCCUGGCCGUCCUGCCCCCGGAGAUGGAGCGCUGGGUCAGGGAAUGUGGGCCGGAGAGCAGCUCCCAGGCCGUAGCCUUGGCAGAAGGCUUCCUCCUGAGCCUAGCAGAAGAUGAGAAGCAAGGAGGACAGUUUCAGAGGCAAUACAAAGGGGCUGCUAAUUUUUCCGAAGCAGAGAAAGUGCCAUCCGAUCCAGGGCAGAGGCCAUUCUUCUGGGGGACUGGAUGGGAGAGUGAGGGAGGUGCUGCCUUGCCAGGCAAUGGAAAGACAUUGGCGGGGAGUUCUGGACCUUUGAGCCUUUGUGCAGGACUGGACUCUGCCUCUGAGCCACCGGAUCAGGUUCUUGUGACUCUAGAGGAGGUGUCCGUCUCUUUCACCCCGGAGGAGUGGGCUCUGCUGGAUCCGGGCCAAAGGGCUCUAUAUUGGGAAGUCAUGGCGGAAAAUCGCUGGAAUCUGGCCUUUUUUGAACAGCAAAGCCCGAGAAUAGGAGAAGAGCAGAAAAGAGAAAAUGAAGGAAAAUCAAAGUGGAACAAAAAAUCCAUUGCUUCUGAAGGUGCUGAUUUCCAUGGAAUUCCACUCCAAGAACAAAUUAAUAAAGGAAACAAAAGGAGAAGAUUCACUAAAUGUGUAAAACUCUUAAACUUUGGGGGGAACAAAAACCAUAUUGUACAAGAAACACUGCAUACACAGAAGAAACCAUAUUUAUGUUCACAGUGUGGAAAGAGCUUUAGGUGGAGUGCAGAAUUUACUUCCCAUCAAAGAAUACACACAGGAGAGAAACCAUAUAAAUGUUCAGAUUGUGGAAAGAGCUUCAGGCUGAAUGCAGUCCUGAUUUCCCAUCAAAGAAUCCACACAGGGGAGAAACCAUAUAAAUGUUCAGAAUGUGGAAAGACCUUCAGCCAAAGUGGGAAACUUGCUUCCCAUCAAAGGAGUCACACAGGAGAGAAACCGUAUAGAUGUUUAGAGUGUGGAAAGAGCUUCAGGUGGAGUGGAGAUCUUACUUCCCAUCAAAGAAUCCAUACAGGGGAGAAACCAUAUAAAUGCUCAGAAUGCGGGAAGAGCUUUAGGCAGAGUGGAGAUCUUACUUACCAUCAAAGAAUCCAUACAGGGGAGAAACCAUAUAAAUGUUCAGUGUGUGAAAAGAGCUUCAGUCAGAGCUCACACCUUUCUUCUCAUCUCAGAAUCCACACAGGGGAAAAACCAUAUAAAUGCUCAGUGUGUGGAAAGAAUUUCAGGUGGAGUACACAGCUUACUUCCCAUACAAGAAUCCACUCAGGGGAGUAACCGUAUUGAUGUUCUGACUCUGACUUUUCUGCUUUCAUCAGUGAAAGUGGAAAUGCAGUACCUUGCAUCACCCAGAAUAUAUACCUGGGGGGAAGAGCUGCCAGUGUCCGCCUGAUUCAAACUAGACAAAACUGUGGAUACCACAAGGGCAUCUACAUGGUCCAAAAAGGCCCUGAGGCCACCCAGGCUAGGGGCAGAGUGGAACUUGGGGAAAUAAUGGUGCAGAAGGCCCUGGAUGGGAGCACCACCAGCGGGGAUGUACAGCGCCAGCGCUUCAGGCAGCUCCACUACCAGGAGGCCAAGGGGCCUCGACAGGUUUGCAGCCGACUCCAUGAUCUUUGCCGUCAGUGGCUGAAGCCAGAACAGCACUCGAAAAACCAGAUCCUGGACCUGGUGCUCCUGGAGCAGUUCCUGGCUGUCCUGCCCCCAGAGAUGGAGAGCUGGGUCAGGGAAUGCGGGCCGGAGAGCAGUUCCCAGGCGGUGGCCCUGGCAGAAGGCUUCCUCCUGAGCCAGGCAGAGGAGGAGAAGCAAGGAGGACAGUUUCAGAGACCAUCCAAAGGGGCUGCUGAUUUCCCUGAUGCAGAGAAGGCACCAUCCAAUCCAGGGCAGACGCCGUUCUUCUGGGGGACCAGGUGGGAGACUGACAGAGGUGCCACCUUGACAGGCAACGGGAGGACGCUGAUGGGUGGACCUUCGAGCCGUUGUGGGGGACUGGAAGCAUCUCCUGAGCAACCAGACCAGGGGCUGGUGACUCUCGAGGAGGUGUCUGUCUGUUUCACCCAGGAGGAGUGGGCUUUGCUGGAUCCAGGCCAAAGAGCCCUGCACUGGGAAGUCAUGGAGGAGAAUUACAGGAAUCUGGUCACUCUCGGGCAAGAAUGCCACAGAAGGGGAGAAGAGUGGAGAGGAGGAACUGAAUCAAAAUCAAAGUGGAGGAAGGAAUCCAUUGCUUCUGAAGGCGUGGAUUUCCAGGAAAAUUUAGUCCAAGAAGAAAUUAAAAAAGGAAAGAAAAGGAGUAAUUUCACUCAAAUAAAGGAAACAAAAGGGGUAGCUUCACUCAAAAGGAAUGAAAUUCGGGAAACACAGAAGAAACUACUCACAUGCUCACACUGUGAAAAGAGAUUCCGAGGGAAGGACAGCCUUAUGCAACAUCAAAGAAUUCAUACAGGAGAGAAACCGUAUACAUGCUCAGUGUGUGGAGAGAACUUCAGGUGGCACGCAGAACUUUCUUCCCAUCAAAUAGUCCACACAGGGGAGAAACCAUAUAAAUGCUCCGUGUGUGAAAAGAGCUUUGGUCGCAAGGAGACCCUUGUUUCCCAUUACAGAAUUCACACAGGGGAAAAACCAUAUACAUGCUCCGUGUGUGGAAAGAGCUUCGGUCGCAAGGAGACCCUUGUUUCCCAUCAAAGAAUGCACACAGGGGAGAAACCAUAUACAUGCUCUGUGUGUGGAAAGAACUUCAGGUGGAGUGGAAAACUUACUUCCCAUCAAAGAAUGCACACAGGGGACAAACCAUAUCAAUGCUCAGUGUGUGGAAAGAGCUUCAGGCUGAAUACAGAUCUUGUUGCCCAUUACAGAAUCCACACAGGGGAGAAACCCUAUCAGUGCUCAGAGUGUGGAAAGCACUUUGGAAGGAAGGAAAAUCUUAGACGACAUAGAAGGAUCCACACAGGGGAGAAACGAUAUACGUGCACAGAUUGUGGAAAGAACUUCAGGCAGAAUGCAGGCCUUAUUGCCCAUCAAAGAAUCCACACAGGGGAGAAACCGUAUCAAUGCUCAGAGUGUGGAAAGAGCUUCAGAAGGAAGAAUAACCUUAUACAGCAUCAAAGAGUGCACACUGUGGGGGAACAACAUAGAUCCUUAGAGGUGGAAGGAGCUUCUCCAAGAGUGGAAAACUUGAUUCCCAUCAAAGAACCCACAGAGGGGGGGAGAAACCCUAUAAAUGCUCAGAGUGUGGAAGAAGCUUCAGGCCCUGUACAAAUCUUGCUUCCCAUCGCAGAAGCCAUGCAGGAAAGAAACGGUAUCAGUUCUCAGAGUGUGGAAAACCUUUCAGGUGAAGUGGAAGACUUACAGCCCAUCACAGAAUCCACACAGAGGAGUAAUCGUAUCAGUGCUCAGGGUGUGGAAAACCUUUCAGGUCAAGUAGAACACUUACAGCCCAUUGAAGAAUUCACACAGGGAACAAACCUUACCUCCCAUCUGUGUGUAGAAACCUUGCUUCCCAUCUGUGUGUGGAAACCUUAUUUCCCAUCUGAGAACUCAUGAGGAAUUUUCUUCCAUCAGGGUACACACACUGCACUCCAUUAAAAUUCCUGCUUGCUGAUGUAAUCGCAGAAAUAUCUUUUCUUAGACAUCAAAGCUUAAGAGACUUCAGUUCAGUAUGUCAGGGCUGGCCCAGGAUUGUAUAGCUUUAUUUGGCUGCCUUGGGCCUCUCUCAAAUAGUCACUGGCCCCUACACAUGAAAGAGGCCACACCUUGAACUUCAUCUUCUGUACUGAACCUUUGAGGAGCGGAUUUCCUUCUGGCCUGGAGAUUCAGCCUGAACCAUGGUCUGACUAUUAUCUAUUGACAAGAUACUCUUCAUCAACCUCUUCUUCUCUUGGGGCAGAAGCUGACCUCAGGGUUUACUAUGAAGCUGGCUGGCCUAAAGAGAGCUGGAAGACGUCUAGAAGGACACUGACAGAAAACUUGCACUGAAUCAGAUACAGCUCACUAUAGAUCCCAUGAAAAGACCUAUGAAGCAGUGGUCAUAGCAGCAGAGAAAGGUUAUGACUUUAUAUCCGUAGCACCGUCUGCUUCACAACUACCACAGCUGUUUUAGGUGUCUCAACCCCUUCUGACUUUUGAACCUUUAUUGUCUCAAGGAAAGACAGCUGUAAUACCUUUGCAGUGUUUUUUGCUGAUGAAAUAACAGGAAUAUGCAGUGAUCUGGAUGUCAGCUGUAAUUUAGGUGAGGCAGAAGAAAUGCUUAAUACACUGUCCAGUCUGCUGAUGGACCGUUUUGAUCCACUUCCAGUAACAGACAUUGACAGGUCCUUCCUAUAUACCAAAUCUGUUGAGCUCCUUGUUCCAGACAAGUUGACCCUUAAGUUACAACUGAAUUCCUUCUUGAGUUUUUUUUCAGUCUAUGUUCCACCUGGCAAGCCAAAUAGUGGUGCACAAAAUUGGAUUCUUCUGGGGAAAAUAUUUGAUGAUACAUAAAAUUAUUACAAAACCUGUUAAUCUUUAUGACACAUGAUUUCAAUCCAAGGAUAAAGCAUGAUGAAGAGAAGAAAAUCAAACUCUUUUUGUUGGCUGUUGGAUGGUGUUGAAGUUAAACCAGACUUUGUUUAGCCUGGCAUUCUUCUUUCAUGUAACCUGAAUUGGAAUUCCCACCAAAAGGCAGUGUGUAAUAAAAUUAAAUUCAGUAUUGGAGCUAUUGUAAACUUUUUUUAAUACUAAAGGCGGCAAAUAUAUUCUGGGAGGUAGUCAAGUUUUUAAUCUAAACUUUAUUCCGAUUGUUCUUUUUGGUGCUAACAUUUGAGGGAAUUCAGUCAAUAAAGCUUUAAUUUUUGUGAAGAAUUCAAUCAAUGAGUCUAUAGACUGUCCUCUUCGAUUUUUGUGAAGGUUGCUAAAUGUUCCACAGUGCAUUGCAAGUGUUGUUCUCCAUGCUCAAUUUGGUCAAAGGUCUCCUGAACAUGGUUGUUUACUUUUAAACUGGGGCUCAAUUUUUUCUGUAGAGUAGAUGGAUAUUUAGGUCUUUUGAAGAACGAUUCUUUUACGUCCUCUUGUCAAAAGGAUCUAGGUGAGAAAUAGUCAUUGAUUUGUUUAUCUUUAGAUACGAUUAGUGAACUUGGAAAAAUGGAUGUUUUUACCAUAAUUAAAAAAAUAUUUAAAAUAUUGAUUAUGCUAGCAGGGCGAUUCAAGCUCAUCAUGCUUUCUCAUUUCAGUUUUUUGUACUCCUUCCCCAAGACUUUUGCUGUCAUAUACUUAUUUGUGGACAAUCCCGUGUUUUUUAAGGGCUUUCGUUCUUGCUAUAUUAAAUGCCAUCCCUUUUCAUUUAUGAAAGGCAAAUAUAAUAAGCUACCUUGUUCAGAAAGGAUUUGUUUGUGCUCCUCUGUGUCAAUUGACUCUCUAGCACAUAUGCUAUUGGAAUGUCCCUUUUAUGAGGAUCUAAGACUGCAUUGAGUUACUCCUCUUUUAAUCAACCGGUCUGGAUUAUGUGUCCGAGUGUACGGAACAGGCCUAUUCAACUCCUAAGAUCCUGGGUAUUGUCGCUGGACUUUGGUUACUCUGUAAGUUCUCACAGGCUUGGCUCCAGAGGAAAAAAAUGUGCUGGUUUGUUCAUUUCCAGCACCUGUGGGCCUCUGUCGGUUCUCAGGGGAGCAACCUUGAGGAGCCUGGCUCUCACCCUCCCCAGAUGUGCUCCCUGAUUUCACAUGGCUAACAUUGCAAAGUACGCCCUGAUUGGCUGUUUGUUUGACAGCAUGGCGUCAGCAGGGCAGAAAAGCUGGCUCCCUGCUGUACACAGUUCCCCUCUCCAAAGUAUUAUUCUUUUACUAUCAUGUGUGAGAGAAGAUCCAUGCCUCUUGCCAUCAAAAUGCCUAGACUAAUGGUGAGGACGUCACAGCCAAGAAGCUAUGUCAGAGAAGCGAUGAUAACAAGUUUUCAAGUGUUUAGUCAGAUAGUUUUAGCUAGCAAUAGUAAGUGUUAUUUGUUUUACCUUGCCUGUUGUCUAAAGAGUGCUUCAUGCUUUGCAAACGCUCUCUAAAACCUGUAU